UUCCUGUUGUCAAUGUCAAAGUGUCUUCAUGUAUGAAUGUGUCAACAACAAAUAACUUAACAAUUAAAAAAAUUGGUUUUCGAGAAUAUUUCUUUAAAUAAUCGCUAGGUAUAAGCAAUGUCGGAAAGAUCAUUAGAGACCGCAUUCGAACACUUGAAAAUCGCAGAGAAAAGCAAGAAAGUUUCUAUUCUAAAGUGGCGGCCCGAUUACGAAAAUGCUGCUGAUGAAUACCAGAAAGCAGCCAUCUGCUUCAAAGUCGCCAAAUCAUACGAAAACUGCAGGGAUUGUUUACUGAACGCGGCAGAAUGCCACAAGGAAACAGGAUCGUUCUUCUAUGCGGCGAAAGCCCUCGAUCAAUCGAUUUUAGUCUGCAAGGAAAUGGGCAAUUUGGAGGGUAUAUUUCAUAUGGCCAAACGGGCGGCUCAUCUGUUCCAAGGCCAAGGCAAUCAAGACUCUGCGAUUGCCACCCUGGUGAAAACAGCCAAAAUACUGGAAUCUCAUACCCCCUCUGAUGCCCUGCUUUUAUAUCGUGAAGCUGCUGAAAUUGCUGGGAUUCAGGACAAUCAACGCGAAGCAGCUGAAUACACGAGCAAAGUGGCCAGGAUUCACGUGAAGUUACAAGAAUACGAUCAGGCUGCUGACGCUAUAAGAAGGGAAAUCGCCAUUCAUCAAGCAUUCGAAGCUACCCAGGCCGUGGGCCGACUAGUUGUGGCCUUAGUUUUAGUUCAACUGGCCCGAGACGACUUAGUGGCGGCUGAAAAGGCCUUUAAAGAAUGGGGCAACUACUGUGAGGCUCCAGAGAUUCAAAAUCUUGAAAUGCUGCUGCAGGCAUACGACGAAGAGGAUAAGGAAAAUGCAUUGAGGGCAUUAAACGACCCUUUCAUCAAACACAUGGAUGUUGAAUACGCGAUUUUGGCCCGAGACAUGCGUCUGCCCCAAGGAACUGCAUUGGUCCAGAAAAAGCCGAUUGUGGAAAACGCUACCGAUGAAUAUAAACGAGUCAGGCCCCAAAAUGACGAGUAUGUUCCCACUGAGGCUUUUCAAGCGCCGUUCGAGAAGAGCGCGGCCCAAAAGUCCAGCUCCGUUGAAGACGAAUUCGAUGAAUACGCCGGAGGGUUGUGCUAAGAAAGCGGAUUUUUCCUCUCGUUUCUCUCUGACUGCUUCGCAAUUCACCAGCUAUUUAAUUUAGGCAGCAGUAGCUUCGACACGGGGGUAAACGAAGAGUGAGGCGAAGGUUUUAACAUGUUCAACUAAUAAAUUUACCUACACUUACUUAAUCUUCCGUAUUACAACACGUACACCAUAGAGUAGCUGAAUGUUCGAUAUAUGGAAAAGAGGCAGACAGGCGCAAUAUAUUUUCAUAAGAAAGGCCUAGGGAAGGUUGCAAUACGCUUUCUUUACAGUGCAUUUUGUUUUCACCCCUGAUAUCAUUUGAUAGUAGGAUUUAUCCAGACGCCCUUCUAUAGUUACCGAGAAUGGCUGUAGUAGAUUUGUAAUUAUCUGUUGCAUGUAGUGAGUGAGGCCAUGAAAAUAAAUGUUUUUGAAUCA